AUGGGCAACAUAUGUUCCAGUUCUUCCAAUGAGACCGAUCCCUUCAGCCAACCAGGCCGUGUGGUUGGCACCAACUCAGGGACGAGUGCCGCAACCCGUGCCCCACUUCCGGCCAAGACAAACUGGAAGGCUACACCUGGUCGCACUCUGGGUGAGAGCAAUACAAAUGGCAGCACUCCCGGAUCAGACGAAGCACGGGCAAAUGCUGCAAUUGCUGCACAGAAACGCGCUGAAGGCGCAUCUGCCAAUAAAGGGAAACUGGGCUCAAAGCUAGCUGCUCAGAAAGCACAGACCCAUUCGCAGACAUUGGAUCAAGUCAGUCGCACAGAGAGGGCCGCGCGAGAUGUAGAUGGGGCUGAGGCUGCAAGGAGAUGGGAGUAG